CAUUCCGUGUAAUGGAAUGUAAAGUUUUGUAAUCAUUUUCUGUUUGUGAUUUAAUUCCAAUAAAUGAAACAAAAAUGAGUUUUUUGCGAAGAAUUAUUACUCCUGCACUCGUUAGCCGUGUAUUUAGACAAGAAAUUAUUCACAGACCAAUACAUUGUUGUGUAUAUCAACAUGUAAACAUAACCUCAAAACUAGUGGAAUUGUAUUCUAAUAAAACGAAUUAUACAACAGUACGUUGGAAAUCAAAAAAGAGACAGUACGAUUCAGACGACGAGGAACUUGUGCUAGAAGACGAUUCGUCACUCUCAAAAGAUUCAAAAGUAGUCAAAUUUUCUACCACAUCAAUGAGAACUGAUGUUGUUUUGAAAUCAGCACUUAGUAUAUCAAGAAAUAAGGUGGAACAAAUGUUUUAUGAAAGUAAAAUCAGAGUCAACGGAAAGAAAAUCUUAAAGAAAAGUGCAUCAGUAAGGUUGGGCGAUGAAGUAGAUGUCAUAAAGAUGGUGAGCCCAAAGAAUCCAGAUCACAUUUAUGUGUCCCGAGUGGAAAUCCUUGAUGUAGCAGCUAAAGAAGAAAGCAUUCAAGUUACAGCAAGGAGGUUCAAACACUUACUCAUAGAGAACUAUGAAAAUGACCCUAUAAAGACUUCAGAAGAAGUUUAAAUAGUUACUUAAUAAUGUUUGUAAAUUAUAUAUUAAAAUAAUUCAACAUCUUAUUAUUGGCCAAUAUCAGAUCAUUUAUGUAUUGUGAUAUUUGUUAAUGACCUUGGUGAAGUAAAAAAAAACGGGUUCUUAGAGUGCUUUUCCAACAGAGAUGUGUUAUGUAGUUAUGCUAUAAAGAUGUAAUAGCUAAUUACCAUUGAUACUAAGCUAUGUAAGUAAGAUGUGCAGCUUGAGUAUGCAAUGUAUCUUUCUAUAUAAAAACAUAGCUGAGUCCCUUUCCACAAGUGCUAUGCUAUGUGUACCACUGAAUAUAAUUGGUGGAAGCCAAAUGCAUCCACAGCAACAUAGCAUAACAUAUCUCUGGUGGAAAAGCACCCCUAAUCAGAGCAAUAGUAAACUUCUUAAUCCUAUUUGUAAAUAUUAUGUAGAAUUAAAUCGUUACAAAAAUAAAACGAUAAAAAACAGUAAUACCU